AUGGCUGAACAAGCUGAAGACCUCGAGAUCUCCGAAGCGAGCUCCCCUCACGAGUCAGAGGAAGGCAUAUCCCACGGGCCACGCGAAUCCCACGGCAGCUCAGAGGCACUAGCUGAAGAUGACCGGACUAUCUUUGCGCACAUGCGCCCCGAAGAGCGCGAGGAGCUUACUCGUAUCGCCUCUAAUUUCCCACGCCAUCGGACCGCCGAUUCUGAUCUCAGCGGAAUGACCGACGUGGAACGAAAGGAUACAAUAGAGGGCUUGGAGCUGGGGGACCCCGUCCUUGAUCCGACAAGUGACCAGUUUGACCACUACAAAUGGGCUCGUAUGAUGUUGAAAUUGAUGGACAAAGAAGGUGUUCCUCUACGCAAAUCGACCGGCAUAGUGUUUGAGAAUCUCAACAUCUCGGGAACUGGGUCUGCGCUUCAGUAUCAGAAUAAUGUGGGCUCAGUUCCUCUCGCCCCAUUCCGUCCCCAAGAGUAUUUCUCUUGCGUGAAAAAUGUACCACAGAAACAGAUCUUACGGGACUUUGAUGGUGUGCUUAAAACUGGUGAGCUGCUUAUUGUCCUGGGGCGGCCUGGUAGUGGUUGUUCUACUUUUCUCAAGUCAAUCACCGGAGAGCUCCAUGGACUGAAAGUUGAGAAGGAUUCCGAUAUUCAGUUCAAUGGAAUUCGUAUGGAGAAGAUGUACAAAGAAUUCAAAGGCGAAGUCUUGUACAACCAGGAGGUGGAUAAGCACUUCCCUCAUCUUACUGUUGGCCAAACACUGGAGUUCGCCGCCGCGGCUCGGACUCCGGAGAACAGACUCUGUGGAAUAUCUCGGACAAACUACGCCAAGAAGAUUACGCAAGUUGCCAUGGCUGUGCUUGGUUUGAGCCAUACAUAUAACACGAAAGUCGGCGAUGACUACAUCCGAGGUGUCUCGGGUGGUGAACGGAAGCGAGUCAGUAUCGCUGAGAUGGCUUUAUCUGGAGCUCCAGUGGGAGCUUGGGACAACAGCACCCGAGGCUUAGACUCUGCAAGUGCUCUGGAAUUUGUCAAAGCCUUACGAGUAUCUGCCAAUCUCACUGGUAGCUGUCACUCUGUUGCCAUUUAUCAAGCUUCUCAGGCUAUUUACGACGUCUUCAACAAAGUAAUCGUUCUCUAUGAGGGACGACAAAUUUUCUUCGGGCGAUGCAGCGAAGCCCGAGAGUAUUUUAUCGAAAUGGGCUGGGACUGCCCUCCACGACAAACCACGGGCGACUUUCUCACGUCAGUGACCAACCCGUCAGAAAGAAAAGUUCGAGAAGGAAUACAAAAUGUCCCCCGCUCGCCGGACGAUUUUGUUAAAUACUGGAAGAGCAGUCCUCAUUACGCAUCGCUCCUGAAGGAGAUCUCCCAGUACCGAGAAAAGUAUCCACUGGGAGGAGAUGCUGAAAGGGAAUUUGAUGAGACGAAAAGGCAACGACAAGCCAAGCAUAUGCGUCCAAAGAGUCCUUACAUCAUUACCAUUCCGAUGCAGGUUCGUCUUUGUGUGAAAAGAGCUUACCAACGUAUUUGGAACGACAAACCAUCUACACUGACAACUGUUAUCGGGCGAAUAUUCAUGUCCUUGAUCAUUGGUUCAAUCUAUUUUGGGACCCCCAAUGCAUCUGCCGGCUUCCAAAGCAAAGGUGCAGCCCUGUUUUUCUCUGUAUUGAUGAAUGCUCUUAUCAGUAUUACCGAAAUCAACUCGCUUUACGAUCAACGACCCAUCAUUGAGAAACAAGCCUCCUAUGCCUUUGUCCACCCGUUUACAGAGGCAUUGGGGGGCAUUGUUGCCGACAUACCCGUCAAGUUUGUGUCAGCGGUUGUAUUCAACAUAAUCUUUUAUUUCUUGGCUAGCCUGAGAUAUGAACCCUCGCAGUUCUUCAUAUUCUUUCUCUUUACUUUUCUCAGCACUCUUACCAUGUCGGGCGUAUUCAGAACCUUAGCUGCAUCUACAAAAACUCUUGCCCAAGCCAUGUCCAUGGCAGGCGUGAUUGUACUUGCGAUUGUCAUCUAUACAGGUUUUGUUAUCACAGCACCUGAGAUGGCCAAAAUCCCAUGGUUCAGCUGGAUUCGCUGGAUCAAUCCAAUCUUCUACACAUUUGAAGCGCUAAUCGCUAACGAAUUCCACGGUCGCCAAUUUGAAUGCUCUUCAUUUGUGCCCGCCUAUCCGACUUUAACGGGUGACUCUUUUAUUUGUGCAGUCCGAGGUGCUGUUGCAGGAGAAAGAACUGUGUCUGGAGAUGCCUUUAUCCAAACACAGUACUCCUACUCAUAUGCGCACGAGUGGAGGAAUCUCGGAAUUCUUAUCGGUUUCUGGAUUUUCUUCAUGGCGCUUUAUCUCAUUGCCUCGGAGUUGAAUUCUUCUACUUCAUCUACGGCCGAAUACCUUGUUUUCCGGAGAGGCCAUGUGCCCGCUCAUCUACGUCAUCUGGAAAGUGGCAGUGAUAGCUCUGCUGAGGUAACGCCAGUUUCCAAGGACUCUAAGAAGGAAGAUGAGACUUCUGUUAUUCCAUCUUCACACGACAUAUUUACCUGGCGGAACGUUUGCUUCGAUAUCCCAGUCAAGGGUGGCGAGCGGCGUCUUCUGGACAAUGUAUCUGGAUGGGUUAAACCCGGUACCCUCACAGCGUUGAUGGGUGUCUCCGGAGCUGGAAAGACAACAUUGCUAGACGUUCUUGCGAAGCGUGUCUCCAUUGGUAUUGUAACGGGCGAUAUGCUCGUGAAUGGAAAGCCACUUGAUACAAGUUUCCAAAGAAAGACUGGUUAUGUCCAGCAGCAGGAUUUACACCUUCCUACCAACACGGUGAGAGAAGCGCUACGAUUCAGUGCAAUGUUGCGUCAGCCUAGUUCUGUGUCCAAGAAAGAGAAGUACGAUUAUGUCGAGGAUGUAAUUCAGAUGCUUGGCAUGCAAGACUUUGCAGAUGCUGUUGUUGGUUCUCCUGGCGAAGGCUUGAACGUUGAACAGAGAAAGCUGUUGACAAUUGGUGUCGAGUUGGCUGCUAAGCCAGCACUUCUAAUAUUCUUGGACGAGCCAACCAGUGGACUUGAUUCCCAGAGCUCGUGGGCCAUCUGCUCUUUCUUAAGAAAGUUGGCCGAGCAUGGACAAGCUGUCCUCAGUACUAUUCACCAGCCGAGUGCCCUACUCUUCCAGGAGUUCGACCGUUUGCUAUUCCUUGCAAAAGGAGGUAGAACGGUGUACUUUGGUGGUAUUGGUGACCAGUCACGCACUCUUCUGGAUUAUUUUGAAACCAAUGGAGCCCGUGUCUGUGGCUCUUCAGAGAAUCCAGCAGAAUACAUGCUUGAAAUUAUCGGCGCCGGAGCUUCUGGCAAAGCCAGUAAGGACUGGGCCAUUGUCUGGAAAGAGAGCCAAGAAGCAAAUAAUGUGCAAUCCGAAUUGAAUCGAAUCCAUGAAGAGCGAGCUUCAGCAGCCAGCACCGACCAAGGAGACCAGAAGGGUGAAUAUGCCAUGCCUUUUACUCAACAGCUACUCUGCGUAACCCACCGCUCCUUCCAAGCCUUCUGGCGUGAACCAUCCUACGUGUGGGCAAAAAUCAUGCUAGCAACGCUGUCAUCCUUGUUUAUCGGCUUUACUUUCUUCAAUCCAGAUAGCUCUCUUCAAGGCUUCCAAGAUGUCAUCUUCUCGGCCUUCAUGCUAUGCUCCAUCUUCUCAACACUGGUACAGUCUAUCAUGCCCAAAUUCGUGGUCCAACGAUCUCUCUAUGAAGUCCGCGAGAGGCCCUCAAAGGCCUAUUCAUGGGCUGCAUUCCUUAUUGCAAAUGUCAUAGUCGAGAUCCCAUACCAGGUGUUUGCCGCCAUUAUCGCUUGGGCGUGUUACUACUUCCCAAUCUAUGGAGCGGGUCAAGCACCAAACCGCCAGGGUCUCAUGCUUCUCUUCGUGGUCCAGUUCUACAUUUUCACGUCCACCUUUGCCGCCCUGGUGAUUUCGGCUUUGCCGGAUGCUGAGACGGGUGGUACUAUUGCGACGCUGAUGUUCAUCAUGACACUUACCUUCAACGGUGUCAUGCAGGUGCCAAGUGCCUUGCCCGGAUUCUGGAUCUUCAUGUACCGCGCCUCUCCAUUGACAUACUUGAUUGCUGGAGUUACGGCUAACGGCUUACACGGUCGGGCAAUUCAUUGUUCAACAGCUGAGCUGAGCGUGUUCAAUCCACCGGCUGGAUUGACAUGUGGCGAUUAUUUGGACCCCUAUGUUACUGCUGCUGGUGGCCAACUUUACAAUCCUUCGGCCACGAGCGGCUGUCAGUAUUGCCAGUUAACUGAUGCUGAUCAGUAUCUGGCUUUGAGCAACAUUUACUAUAGUGAACGGUGGCGCAACUUUGGCAUUGGAUGGGUUUACAUCGUGUUCAAUAUCUGCGGUACGGUACUGAUGUACUACAUGUUCCGCGUCAAGCACUAUAACCCUACAUCCUUGGUCCGUGGGAUUCGUCAAGGUGCCUCGCUCGUCUGUCGUGUAUUCAAGCGUCGGUCUGGAGAGACACCUAUAGGAAAGGAGGCAAGCAAUGGACGCCUGGUUUGA